GGUGAUUCAUGUCAAUCCCCUCGGCCCCACCUACCCCGUGGACAGAAAUUGCAAUUACACGUAUGCCCUUUCAUGUUUUGUAGACCAAGCGAGUCUCCGGACACAGCAGCAGGGUGUUUGUGUUGCGUGUUUUUGUUAAGCUCCGAUCCAUUUGGUCGUCUUCCUCCUCCUCCUCCUCUGACUACAUGGCAUUCCACAACACCACUUCCCUCAACAAAUCCAUGUUGCCGGCAGCGGAGUCUGGCUUGAGGCCUUUAUAUUUCUCAUCAUCCUCCUCCUUUCGAAAUGAGUUGCGAGUAGGAGGCAUGGCUCGACCGAUGCAGAGUAGCAGAGGUUGGGUGGGUGUAUAUGCCCUGGACCGUAACAAAAACAGUAGCAGCAGUAGCAGCAGCAGCGAUGCUAAGAAGGGAGUGCCUAAUUCGAAUUACGUGGUGCCACUGGACAUGUCCUCCUCCUGCAUCACUCGUCCUCUCGUCGAGAUUCUCAGAGACCUCAACAAGAGGAUCCCUGAUAACAUCGUCAAACAUGAGGAUUCCCUCCCCAUCCCCUGGUACCAUGCCAACCGGAUGCUUAGCUUUUAUGCCCCAGGUUGGUGUGGAGAAAUACGUGAUGUUAUCUUCUCUGACAAUGGAAGCGUGACUGUGGUAUAUCGUGUUACAGUACGAGGAUCUGAUGGAGAGGCACACCGUGAAUCAACUGGAACAGUAUUACCAACUGAUGGACAUGUAGAUCCAGUGGCUGCUGCAGAGGAGAUAGCUUUCUGCCGAGCAUGUGCAAGGUUUGGCCUUGGCUUGUACCUGUAUCACGAGGAAUAGAUGUGGAAGGCUGGAACAGUGCUUGAGUUUCCUGUUUUUUACUUUGUCGAGAAAUUGGAUUAUAGUUACAAUUUUCUCUUUCAGUUAAUGUAAAUACGUAAUAGAUGGGAAGUGGUCAUCUGAGUAUUUUCAGCUUUUCUGGGUUGGGAUCAUGGAAAGCCAAAUAUUGCCAUUGUGGUGCUCUAUGUUUUUAAUAGCUUAAAGGCAUAUUGCGUUUAUAUAAAUUGAGAGGUUGCUAAUGAA